AUGCCCCCAGUCAUCAUAGUUGGCGGAGGUCCCGUGGGGCUCAUCUCCUCGAUUCUCCUCUCCCUUCAAGAAAUUCCAAAUGUACUCUUCGAGCGUCACCCUGGAACAUCGAUACAUCCAAAAGCAUGUGGGUUGAAUCAGAGAACGAUGGAAAUCCUCCGCCAUAUUGGCGUGGAAGACGAAGUGAUGCGCCAAAGUGCACCUCCGGAAACCGUUAGUCGCACGGUGUGGUACACCAGUCUAGGGGCUCACGGACGGGAAAUUCACAGUCGCAAUGCGAUUCUCCCGCAGAUUCGCCUGGAGCCGAUAUUGCUCAACCGGGGACGAGAGCUGAAUCCAAAUGGAUUUAAACAUUCCACUGAUGUUAUUUCUGUCACCGAAACGUCGGACAAAGUUGUUGUGACAGUACAAAACAAAGAUGGCACCCGCGAAGAUUGGGAGGCAGACUAUGUUCUCGGUGCUGAUGGAGGUCGCAUGAUGGCCGAUCAGCUGGGCCUCGCGUGGGAAGGUGAGAAAGACAUCUUUGACAUGGUCUCGGCUCAUUUCCAUGCCCCCCUUUCCACCAUUCAUCCCAAUCCCAACGCCUUCAUCAGCUGGUUCAUCAAUCCGUCGCUCGGAGGUAGCAUCAAAUCGGGGUAUCUAUACCCUCUCGGUCCAUUCCCAUCGGACCCCGACACUGAAGAAUGGUAUUUUGGAUGCGCAAUGCUACCAGAUGACCCGCAAAGGUUCGAUACCGAUGCGAUGGUCAAUCGAAUCCGGAAGACGCUUGAACUUCCCGACCUCGAGAUCGAGCUUCGCAGCGUCAGUCACUGGUACGUUAGCAGCAUUGUGACGGAGCACUUCCGCAGCAAAGGAGGGAAAAUGUUCUUAAUUGGAGAUGCGGCCCAUAGGAUUCCGCCCUGGGGAGCUCUGGGUAUGAAUACCGGAGUUCAGGAUGCUUUCAAUUUGAUCUGGAAGCUUGCGUUCACGCUGCGUGGAGUUUGGAAAGACCCGAAUUCGCUCCUCGAUACUUAUGAAGGAGAGCGACGGCCAAUCGCUAAAGGCGUCGCCUAUUCUAGUCUGUUCAACCUGCGAAGCCAUGGAGAUGCAAUGGACCGAGCGAUUGGUGUGUCUCCAAAUCAAUCAACUGAAGAAAAUCAAUCGGCUAUGAAAGCUUUUUUCAGCAAAGAACAUCCUGACUAUCAAAGGAAGCAGCUUGAUGUCCAGGGUGCUCAGACAGUUCUCGAUGGCGAAUUCUGUGCACUCGGAACCGAAAUGGGCUGGUUCUAUCCUUCAGUCGAUACCAAGAAUGAAGGAAAACCAUUAAGACAUGGCGGCCAGAUUCGUGAAGAUGGUGAAUUCGACAACAUCCACUACCAUCCUUCAACCAUCCCUGGUCAUCAUCUUCCUCAUCUUUGGUUGCAGCGGGGGAACAUCACCAUCUCUACUCGAGACUUGCUCCAGCCGCAACAUUUCUUGCUUCUAGCAAAUUCUCCCGUGAAGUGGAAUUUUCUCGAAGAAUUUCAUAUACCGUAUCGACUCGAACUUAUUGAUAGUUCAAAUGGCUGGAAAGUCUCAGAGGGAGCUUGGAAAGAAUUGUUUCCGGCAGGUGAGAAUGGCGCUGUUCUCGUGCGGCCAGAUGGUAUUAUAGCUUGCAGGGGCAACCCUGAUGACUAUGAGUUGCAGUUCGGGCUUUAG